AUUUUAUUUUAUAAUUUAUUUUUUCUGAGUGUUUGUGUGUUGAGGGCUUCCAGUCUCAGCCGAGAACGCGAGAGAGAGAGAGAGAGAGAGAGAGAGAGAGAUCUGAUGGAUCAAAAUUCCUUGACAAUCUUAAGAUUGAGAGAUUAGGGUUUUGAAUUGCAGUUGUGGAAUUUGAAUUAGGGUUGGAGAAUUUGGGGAUUAAGAGAGCAGAAAAGUAAAAUAAACUGUUUUUUUCUUUUUGGGAAAAUUUCUAGGGCUUUUUCCAGCUAGGGUUUGUGCUGGAAUUUUUAGGGUUUGAUGGUGUGCCUGCCUAGCUGUUGUAUAAAAGGGAUUGAUUGAAUUAGGGCCCGUUUUUCUUAUGUGGGGGUGUGUCUGGUGUAAUGUGAGUGGAAGUGUUUGCGGGUUCUAGGGUUUCCAAUGGGGAGCACAGGUGAGUCUGAUCGAAAACGGCGUCACUUUAACUCCUUAUCGCCCAUGGCUGCUACUGCUAAGAAGCAGCCCAUUUUGCCCAUUUCUGAGGACAAAAAGCUUAACAUUACUGUCAUGCAAGUUCAAAAUCAAAAUCUAUCGCGGAAGUUAGAGACUCAGAAGAUGGAGCACUCUAUUCUUGAGAAUAAAUUUUCUCAAAUGAAGGACAAACAAAAGGCAUAUGAUUCCAUAUUAACAGUGGUCAAUAAGUCUUGGGAAGAGAUGGUUAAUGACUUGGAAUCUUGUUCCAUCCGUACAAGAGAAUCGAACAGUCAGAAAGAUGCUAAAGACAUUUCCAUCAUGGAAGAUGGCGCUCCAUCUGCAUUGCAGGAUGCUUUUCUUAACCGUCUUGCACAAGCAGAUGCAACUGAAAGUUCAUGUACAUAUAAAAGUUCUAAUCAGAUGGAAGAAGAUAAAGGUGCUACUGGUGAAAAGACUAAGAAUAUUGUAUGUAAUGUUGUAGCUGCAAUUGACAACCAGUGGUGUGUGAAGGAUGCAUUGUAUGAUGCACUUGUGAAAGAGCUUCCAGAAGAUGGCACAAGUAGGCAGAAGACAUCGACUGACUUUAAAAAUGAAGUUAAGAACUUGAGAUUGGCCUUUAUCGAUAUGUUUUUGAAGCACAGAACAUUGGCAAGGGAACUGCAGAGCCACCGUGACUUGGAUGCAAAGAAUAAAGCUGAGCUUAAACGUUUGAAAGGGGAGUUAAAAACUGUAGUUGGUGAAUUAGAAGACAGUGAUUGUCCUAAAACAGACAGUUACUACCGCAAAGGCACAGUUUCUCCAGUUCUAAAUGUUGGGAAUAAGCAUGUUGAUAGGGUAAGAGAUAAGCAAAAAGAUCUGCAAGAUAUGGAGUCUACUCUCAAGGAUCUAAUGGACCAAGCUUCAUCUCGACUAAUGGACAUCAAAGGCCUUCAUGAAGAAAGGCUAAAAAUAUUACAGCAGUUAUCUAGUUUGCAGAACGUGCUUAAGAAUGUGAUGUGUAUUUCUUCUUCCCAAGCCUAUCUCUUGGUGAGAGAUCAAAUAGAAAAAUCAAAGUCAGAAGUUUUUGAGUGCCAGGCCUUAUUUGAGAAACUACAGGCUGAGAAGGAUAAUCUUGUGUGGAGGGAGAGGGAGCUUAAUGUCAAGAGUGACAUUGCUGAUGUUUUUCGAAGAUCUUCUGCAGUUGUUGAAUCUAGAAUUUCUGAUCUAGGUGCAGAAAUACAGAAACAGAUUGGGGAAAGAAAAAUGAUUGAAGCCAAGCUCGAAGAGGCAUCAAGAGAACCAGGAAGAAAAGAAAUCAUUAAAGAAUUUAAAGCUUUGGUUUCAUCAUUUCCUGAGAAAAUGGGCACCAUGCAAGCUCAAUUACGUAAAUACAAAGAGGCUGCUUCUGAUUUUCAUUCUUUGAAGGCUGAUGUGCAGUCUCUAUCCAGCAUCCUUAAUAGGAAGGUGAAAGAGUGUGAGACUUUAUCUGCCAGAUCCAAAGAUCAAGAUGCUGAGAUACAAAAGUUGAAUGUUGUGGUCCAAGAUUUAAAGGAAAGCGAGUCAGAGUUAAAUCUGAUUUUGGAAAUGUAUAGACGUGAGUUGACUGAUUCAAGGGAUGUAUUGGAAGCUAGAGAUUCAGAAUGCAAGGCAUGGGCUCAUGUUGAAAGUUUGAAGUCCUCUCUUGACGAACGCAACUUGGAAUUACGGGUUAAGAGAGCAAACGAAGCUGAGGCUAUUUCUCAACAAAGGCUAGCUGCUGCUGAAGCUGAGAUUGCUGACUUGAGACAGAAAUUUGAAGCUUCCAAAAGGGAUAUUUUGAGACUUUCUGAUGUUCUGAAAUCCAAAAAUGAAGAAAAUGAGGCAUACUUAUCUGAAAUUGAGACAAUUGGACAGGCAUAUGAUGAUAUGCAAACGCAAAACCAACAUCUACUGCAGCAAAUUACCGAGAGAGAUGACUAUAACAUUAAGCUUGUUUUAGAGGGGGUAAGGGCAAGACAACAGCAGAAUGCUGUACUCAUGGACAAUAGGAAAAUGGAGAGGGAGAUUCAACAAGGCCAUCAUUCUCUUAAUUUCUAUAACAUGAAAGCCGCUCGAAUCGAAGAUCAGUUGAAAAUAUGCAAGGAUCAUGUUCAGAAAGUAGCAGAAGAUAAGUUGCAAAAACAAAUUACGUUGGAAAAUACUCAAAAGAGAUUGUUAGAAGUCCGAAGGCAAUCUCAGCAGUUACGGGAGGCUUUAGCCGCAUCACAAUCUAAAGUUGGAGAAAGUCGAAAGGGUCUGUCAGAGCUGCAGUUGGAACUAGAGAAGGAACGGUUUGAAAAGAGAAGAAAAGAGGAGGAACUGGAAGUUUUAAAAAGAAAGGCUUCACGGCUUCGAGCAGAGACGGAGGCUUCAUCAAUUGUUGAAAAGCUUCAACAGGAACUUGGAGAAUACAAGGAGAUACUGAAGUGUGAUGUCUGCCUUGACAGGACAAAACAGGUUGUCAUUACAAAAUGCUAUCACUUGUUCUGCAACCCUUGUGUGAAAAAAGUACUUGAAACUCGACAGAGGAAGUGCCCGAGGUGUGCCGUGAGCUUUGGACCUAAUGAUGUAAAACCUGUAUACAUCUAAAAGGAGACGGAUGAAACUUUCGUGAGAUCAGCAUCAUGCAUGUGAGGCAAGUGCAAACGAUCCGAGACUUGAAUUAUGGGCUCUUGCAGCUUCAAAUGUAAUUGUUAUCGUAGUGAAAAUUAGAAAAGCUCUGUUUAGAAAAGUAGCUCUCCCUUCCCCUCAUGAAUCAGUACAAAUAACCUUAGUUUUUCUGGUUCUGCUUCUAGGAUGGUAAUAGAACUGAGUUUUUCAGUGAAGUAUAAAACUCUUUUUGGUUUUGCCCUUUUUAACUGGUUGGAGCCCUAGAAUCUCACCUUAUCGUCAGAUUUAUCUGAUCUUGUCAUACCGAUUGUAUUCCCAGAGGCGGUUUUACCCGCGUGAUCAUAAAAGAACAAGAUAUUGUGUUGGGGACUGGUAGUCGGUGUUUAUUUGUACCCGAGGGCUUUUGUUUCUGCUGAAAACAGAUGAAGCUGUGUCCGAGCUAUUGGCUGUACAGAUUUUAGUUGAUAUUUAGGGAGUUGUCUAAAGUAGCCUUGUUUUUGCUGUUUAAUUUGUCAUUUGGUAAGAGCAGUUGGUAUGUAAAUGUUACUGAGAUUGAUUAUUCAUUUGGUUAUAAAUGCAAAGACGGUCUCGGUUUUGUUCA